AUGGCAUCGAGCGCGGUCUUGCAGGGGGAACAGGACACUCUCUUGGAGCGUCUUCCAGUGUUGUCACUGGAUACAACCCCUCGGUGCAUACCGUGCAGCAACGUGCUCGAUUUCGCUGCCGCAGCGGGCGGCAAAGCCGAGCGGCAGCAGGUGGCGCAGCUGCUGGCCAAAGCGGCGGCGGCCGCCGCCGUCAAUGCCUGCGAGGUGUGCGACCGUAGAGGCACCCCAUCAGCGGCAUCAUCCACAGCCAGGGAGGAGGACGAUGGUGACCAGCCGCUCGCAUUCACUGCCACCACCAGCCUGGCGUUCGCGCCGCGGCGGCUUCGCAUGCUGCGAGGCAGCUUCCUCUGCGGCCGCUGCCGCGCGGCGCGCGACCCAGGGCUGCUCCUGCACCUAUUGACGCCGCCGCUGCCUGGGGCACCCGACGACGGCAG